CUAGUUAUGGCUCACCGUAUGUUUGAAGGCAAAGAACAUGCUGCCUCAUAUUGGAAGUAUAGGAUAUCUCAUUCGGACCACCUGAUUCAACAUGUGAUUAAUUUUGUGCAAAAACAGAGAACUGGGCCCUUAUCAGUGGCUUUGGAUGUUGGAUGCGGCUCGGGUCAAGGCACGGUGCUGCUAGCCAAGCACUUUGAGUCUGUGGUGGGCACUGAUGUAAGCCCUGCCCAGCUAGAGGUGGCAAUGCAGCAUGCUAAAGAGCCAAACGUCACAUAUAGACAGUGCGUGGCGGAGGAGCUGCCAUUCGCUGACAGCUCAGUGGACCUGAUAACAGCCAUGUUGGCCUUCCACUGGUUUGACAGACCUCGCUUUCUUCAGGAGGUCUACAGGGUCCUGAAGCCUCGUGGCUGUGUGGCGCUACUCAAUUACACCAUAGACAUGGAACUGGAAUAUCCAGACUGCUCCCUGGACUCGCUCAACCAAGUGUGCAAAGAGUUUUAUGCAGCGUUAAUUCCUUACCGCAAUCCUUGCCUUGGUCCAAGGUCAAUUGAUUUGUACCGGGAGGCCUACAAUUCUAUCCCUUAUACCGAGAAAGAGUGGAAUGAGGGUGUGUGGGUGAAGCGGCCCAUGCCCCUGUGCAGCUACAUUGGCAUGGUGGAAUCAUUCUCCAGCUAUCAGGCCAUGCUGAAGAAAGACCCCCAGGCCACCAAGCUCUCACAGGACAUAUGUGAAAGGUUGAUGUCUAUCAUGAAGGUGACCUCUGCAGAGACAGAAGUUGUGGUGGGGUUCAAGUAUCAUUACGUACUAGCGAGCAAAAAUGGCCCAAAUGACAUGUAGAAAAAGA